GUUUACUUUCUUGUUGCAAGUCCUGGCCAAUUCGAGAGAUCUGACCUACCGAAGAGCCGCCUCGUACACGCAGGAUAUGGUUUAACAUAGGGAUCCAUUCGACCACAACCGGACGUCGCAUUGCUUUUUUUUCUUCUCCGCAUCACCGCCGACGAGAAGGGCCGCAUAGCGAAUUCACUUCCAUCGCUUUCAAUGCGGUAGCUGGCCACGCGGCUUAUCUGCUCGGGAGCCCCCAGUGCCAUUGGGAAGCUGAGGUUGGCCAACAGCCUCCACCAACAUUCUCACCACAAGCGUCGACCGCUCCCCGUUUGCUGCACACACGUCCGUCAUGAUGAACGGAUACGACGAGAAGCGCGCCUUCAACGGCUACGAAGAGAAGCACACCUUCGACGACGACGACUCGGAACCUAGCAGCUUCGUCAAGGCCUUUGACGCCUUCCCUAAAUCGAAGCCCCAAUAUGUUGAGCAUACCUCUGGAGGCGGGAAAUGGACAGUUGCUAUGAUGCUCGUCUCCCUCAUCCUCAUCUGGUCCGAGAUAGGGAACUGGUGGGCCGGCACCGAAAACCACACCUUUGCCGUCGAAAAGGGCGUCGGCCAUAACAUGCAGAUCAACCUGGACAUUGUCAUGCGCAUGAAGUGCAAGGACGUGCACGUCAACGUACAAGACGCCGCCGGCGACCGUAUCCUCGCCGCCUCCAAGUUGCAGGAAGACUCCACGAACUGGUCGCAAUGGGUCGACGCCAAGGGCGUACACAAGCUGGGCACAGACUCCCACGGAAAGGUCAUCACUGGUGCCGGGUUUCACGAGGAGGGAUUCGGCGAGGAGCACGUCCACGACAUUGUUGCCCUGGGCAAGAAGAAGCCGAAAUGGAGCAAGACGCCGAGGAUGUGGGGGCGCGCCGGUGGUGACAGUUGCCGCAUCUACGGCAGCCUCGACCUGAACAAGGUCCAGGGCGAUUUCCACAUCACUGCCAGAGGGCAUGGCUACUCCGAGUUUGGUGAACAUCUGGAUCACAGCGCCUUCAACUUUUCUCACAUCAUCAACGAGUUCUCCUUCGGUCCCUUUUACCCAUCGCUCAUCAACCCGCUCGAUCGGACUGUGAACUUGGCGGCCGGCAACUUCCACAAGUUCCAAUACUUCAUGUCUGUCGUGCCAACUGUCUACACAGUUGGCCACUCGCAUUCCGCAUCGAAAACAAUCUUCACCAACCAAUACGCCGUGACGGAGCAAAGUCACGAGGUCAGUGAGCGCAUGGUCCCCGGCAUCUUCUUCAAGUACGACAUUGAGCCCAUACUGCUGACUGUCGAGGAGAGCCGCGACGGCUACCUUAUCUUUCUGAUCAAGGUUGUCAACAUCCUGUCUGGUGUUCUUGUUGCUGGACACUGGGGCUUUACGAUAAGCGAUUGGGUCAGGGAGGUUAUCGGUCGUCGGAGAAAACAGCAUAGCAUGGGUGUGAUCGGCAACGAGAAGGGCGGAUACCAUGACUGAGAAGUUAGAGGGUCCACAAGAUAAAGUAGUCAUCAGCGGUUUCCUUGAUCAUUGACGAUUUCUGGGUCAUUGGGAGUUGAGGUUUGCAUGUGCUAUAUAAAGUGUUACAAUAUUGUUUUUUUUUAAAA